UGGAAGGCGAAGUACGCGAAGCACUACGCCACGCCCGCCGCGGAGCAGGCGGCCCGCACCGCCUUCCUCGCGCGCAGCGAGGCCAUCGCGGCGCACAACGCCGGCGGCCACACCUACGAGGUCGGCCACAACCAGUUCAGUGAUCUCACCCCCGAGCAGUUCCGCGACACGAUGCUCGGCGGCAUUCCGACCAGCGCGCGCAACACGAGCCGCCUGGAGCAGCACGUCAUCCCCGCCGACUUCGACUUCGCCGCCGGCGGCGCGCUGGACUGGGUCGCCAAGGGCGCCGUCACGGGCGUCAAGAACCAGGGCCAGUGCGGCAGCUGCUGGGCGUUCUCGACGACGGGCGCGAUGGAGGGCGCGCUCUUCGCCGCGACGGGCUCGCUCUUGUCGCUCUCCGAGGAGCAGCUCGUCCAGUGCGACAGCUCGUCCUACGGCUGCAACGGCGGCUUCCCCUCCGGGGCCCUGAGCUUCGUCGCGUCCAACGGCGGCGUCUGCGCGGAAUCCGACUACGCGUACACGUCGGGCUCGGGGCAGACGGGCUCCUGCCGGCGCAACGCCUGCGCGUCCGUCAUGACCGUCGAGGGCUCCGUCGCCGCCCAGGGCGAACAGGCCAUGCUCAGCGCCCUCCAGCAGCGGCCCCUGUCGAUCCUCAUCGACGCGGAGGACUGCAACUUCCAGUCGUACCGCGGCGGCAUCAUCGACAACUACCAAUGCGGGAGUCGGCAGGACCACGCCGUAUUGCUCGUCGGCUACGGCACGGAGAACGGCGUCGAUUACUGGAAGGUGAAGAACUCCUGGGCGUCGAGCUGGGGCGAGAACGGCUACUUCCGCGUCGUCCGCAAC